AUGCCAAAGUUAAUAAGUAACACAACGAGCGCUUUAGCGAGUAUAUCGGCGCAUCGUCCGAUUCACAUCAUUAUUGCUACAGCGUUAUUAGCUUCAAUAGCUUAUCUUUCAGUGGUUAAUGAGUAUGUUCCAGAAAAUUUCGAGUUUGACUACUCGAUAAGUUACUAUCACCCGCCAGGGACUUCAGACUACAAAAACUGGAUGCAAAUCGAUGAUCCGAACGGGUAUCCUAAGGCUGAAAGGUUUUCUGUUGCACCAUUGAGAUUUAAACGAGUACACAAUCAACAAAUUCCUCUGAUUAAAAGCACCUUCAGUGGCAGUAACAACAACGAGCGUAUUUUAGUUACAAAGACAGACGAACUAGAAAGUACAUUAAACUCGAUGGAUAAGGUUACGUAUAAUGGUAUGACAUGGAAGGCCAGACAUGCUAACAGAAUUACCAGAUAUUAUGAAUACCUUCGUGGUGGCCUUCUUAAGAUUAAAUCGGCGAUCCAAGGUGCUGAAAAAUUCGACGUUGGGUUAAUUGCAGUGGCUUACAUAGCUAUGUGGUAUACUUUGAUUAAGGUUUUUUACGAUAUGAAGCAAGUUGGCUCCAACUUCUGGUUGGCGUUUUCUACCAUUACUUCUUCUACUUUUGCAUUCCUUUUCGCCUUAGUCACAACCACUAAAGUUUUGGAUACUAAAGUUCCUUUAUUAAGUAUCACUGAGGGUAUUCCUUUCUUAGUGGCAAUUAUCGGUUUCAAGCAUAAGGUUUCAAUUGCAACUUUAGUUCUGAAGGCUUCAACAUCUCCAGAGGAUGUUAGGACUAUCGUUUCUAACGCCAUUUCGUCUCAUACAGUCAGCUUAUUGAGAGACCAUAUUGUUGUUGUUGGAGCGUUGCUUACUUGUGCAAUGUAUGCUCCACAUUUGGAAGGAUUAAAGAACUUCUGUAUUUUAAGUUCAAUUAUCUUAGCCUUUGAUUUAUUGCUAGUUUAUACAUUCUUUUCUGCUAUUUUGGCAUUGAAAGUUGAAAUCAACAGAGCUCGUCGUACCGAGUACUUGAAAAAUGCCUUAGAAGAAGAUGGAAUUUCCUCAAUAAUUGCCCAAAAUGUUGCAACCCAAUCUUCCAGUAUUGAACAUCCUAACGAAGCAUCAAUCUUCAGCUCGCAAGAAACUUCUAUUGUUUCUUUCAAAGUUGCUAUGAUUGCUGGGUUUUUUGGAUUUCAUGCCUUUUGGUUGAGUAGUUCUUGGUUAUACAACGCAACUGGUGGUGAUUCUAUCAGUAUUUUCUCGAAUGCCAGGAAUUUAUCUAAGACUACUGCCAAACAUAUAUCAAUUGGUCAACAUGGUACUGUGGUAACAUUAUUGACCCCAACUGUUUAUAUGCCAUUAGGAUUAUUGGUCCAAUCCGAGGAUUUCAUUUUAUUAUGUUUAGAACAUAUCAGUCAUGCUAUUAGAGAUAGUCUUAUUUCAAAAUGUUUGUUAUUCGGAUUUGCUAUUUCAAUUUCAACAAAUGCAUACUUCUUGAAUGCAUCUCGUUAUCAAGUUUCGGCAACAAACAAGUUAAUUGAAAAGGAAAUAUCUAGGCCCAAAUCGGGAGUUGAAAGAAGAAGAAGUUCUGUUGUUGCCUCAUCAAAGGCUUUACUGGGCUCAGGUAUUGAAAAUAACAAAAUUACAGCUGUUGAUUUAGAUGAAUCGGAUUCCUCCAGUGACGAAGAUUUGGAAAUAUCUGCUCCUUCCAAGAAUUUGCCUUUAGAUGAAUGCGUUGCGGUGAUGAAAGAGGGUAAGGUUAAGGAAUUGAAUAACAAUGAAAUUUCGUCCUUAGUUGUUGCUGGUAAAUUGCCAUUAUACGCCUUGGAAAAACAAUUAGCGGAUAAUACUAGAGCCGUACUUGUUCGUCGUAAAGCUAUUGCAAAAUUAGCUAAUGCUCCUGUCUUAGAUACCAAGCGUUUACCUUACGCUCAUUAUGAUUAUGAUAGAGUUUUUGGUGCAUGUUGUGAGAAUGUUAUCGGUUAUAUGCCAUUACCAGUUGGGGUUGCAGGUCCAUUAAUUAUCGAUGGUAAACCAUACCAUAUCCCAAUGGCAACUACUGAAGGUUGUUUGGUUGCAUCUACUAUGCGUGGUUGUAAAGCCAUUAAUGCUGGUGGUGGGGUAGAAUCUGUUUUGACUCAAGAUGGUAUGACUAGAGGUCCGUGUGUUUCUUUUCCUUCAUUGUCUAGAGCUGGUGCUUGUAAGUUAUGGUUAGACUCUGAAGAAGGUCAAAAGACGAUUAAGAAGGCUUUUAAUUCUACCUCAAGAUUUGCUCGUUUGCAACAUAUUCAAACUGCAUUAGCGGGUACUUUACUUUUCAUUCGUUUUAGAACAACUACUGGUGAUGCUAUGGGUAUGAAUAUGAUCUCUAAAGGUGUGGAAUAUUCUCUUAAAUACAUGUCAGAAGAAUGUGACUGGAGUGAUAUGGAAGUGAUAUCUGUUUCAGGUAAUUAUUGUACCGAUAAAAAACCGGCUGCUAUCAAUUGGAUUGAAGGUAGAGGUAAGUCUGUUGUUGCAGAAGCUAGAAUCCCAGCAUCUGUUGUUCAGAAAGUUCUUAAAUCAGAUGUUGACGCGUUGGUUGAAUUAAAUAUUAGUAAGAAUUUAGUCGGUUCAGCUAUGGCUGGUUCAGUAGGUGGUUUCAACGCUCAUGCGGCCAAUUUGGUUACGGCCGUCUUCUUAGCUUGUGGACAAGAUCCAGCUCAGAACGUUGAAUCGUCGAACUGUAUCACAUUGAUGAAAAACGUGGGUGGUGAUUUACAAAUCUCCGUUUCUAUGCCUUGUAUUGAAGUUGGUACAAUUGGAGGUGGUACAAUUUUGGAACCUCAAGGCGCCAUGUUAGAUUUAUUAGGCGUACGUGGACCUCAUCCUACUAAUCCAGGUGAUAAUGCUAGGCAAUUAGCACGUAUCGUUGCGUCUGCAGUCUUAGCUGCAGAACUUUCGCUUUGUUCUGCCUUAGCUGCUGGUCAUUUAGUUCAAUCCCAUAUGCAACAUAACCGUAAAGGUGCUGGCCCUCCAGCAAAUGGACAUGCUCCAAACGGGAAAGCUCCAGAAAUCACCGAUACUAAAAAUACUGCGGAAUUGAGCCGUCUUAAAGAAGGAUCAGUUAAUUGUAUUCGUUCUUGA